CAAAUUCAAAAUUAGCUUAGAAAAAGUUCAAGAAUUAUUAUUAUUAGUAGUGGUACGGUAUGGGAAAGAACUGAUAAUAUCUUCCUUAAAGUUAUAGGAAAGACAAAGAAUAAAAAAAAAAUAAUAAAAAAAAAAAAGAUGUUGAUUUUCUAUAGAACCAAACGACGAAAAAUGCUUAAAAAGUAAAAUCAGUUUACAUGUAACCAAAUAAGGAAAAAUGUGUAGAAAAUUACAUUUUCUAAUGGGAUUUUUCAUGGUAAAUCAUUUUACACUCAACCAAAGGCCGUAAUGUUUUAUGCAUGCUUCAUUACGAUUUGCGAGCCUAUAAAAAAAGCUUCAAAAAAACUCGAAAAUACUCGCCAUUUCCCCCUCGCUCCCAAUUUUAUAUUCUUGCUCGAUCUUAGUUUAGGGGGGUUCUGCUAGGGCUUUUUACACUCCAUUUUUCUUCAAAUCCAUCACAUUUUCCUGCUUAAUCACACUAAUUCAUCGAUUUCACCUUCCCAAUCGCUUCAAAACCCUAGAAUUGUCCUCAAGAUUUUCGAAACUCUUCGAUUUAAUUGUCCAAGAUGCUCCAAAAAGGUAACAAAUUCUUGAGAUGAAUUCGAAUUUAUGGUUGUAAAUGUUGAUAUGAAUGAGUUGCUGUUGAAAUGAGCGAUGGAGGUAAAGAAAUUGGAAAAGAAUUUGAGCAGCAGAGCACAAGAAAACCAGCAGGAAACGAAGAUUUUGUGCGAACGAUUGCGAAGAUUGCAGUAGCACAGCUUUGCGAAAAUGAAGGGUUUCAGAGUUUCCAGCACUCGGCGCUCGAAGCGUUCGCCGAUGUUGCGGUGCGUUACAUGAAGGAGCUUGGUAAGACUUCGAAUCAUUAUGCUAAUCAAGGUGGUAGGUCUGAAUGUAAUGUAUUUGAUGUGAUUCGAGGGUUAGAGGAUUUGGGUUCGAUUCAGGGGUUUCCGGGUGCUUCAGUUGUUCAUCGUUCGCUUGCGAAAUCGGGCAUAGUUCGAGAGAUUAGUCAGUAUGUAGGAUUAGUUGAGGGAAUUCCAUUUGUGUUUUCACUACCUAGGUUUCCAGUUUCAAGGGAUAGGAGGAAUUCUCCUUCUAGUUUUUUGCAGAUGGGGAAGGAUCCUCCUGAGCAUAUUCCGCCGUGGUUGCCUGUGUUUCCGUUUUCGGAACCACGAGGAGAGUUGCCGGGGUUGGGAGAGGGAGAGACUGAUGGACAUACAGCUAGGAAAGAGAUUGAGCAGGAAGAAGCGCGUAAGAAGGAAGAAGCUGAAUUGAUGAAUAUACAGCAGCAACAGCAAGAAAAGGAACAGCAGCAGCAGCAGCAGCAGUUGCAGCAGGAACAGCAGCAGCAGCAAUUGGCUGCUAAUAAUGGUUCUGAAGCUGUUGAAACGAACCCGUAUUUGAUUCCUCCUUUUGCUUUUGGGGAGAAGGCAGUAUCUUCUGUUGAAUUUCCUUCAAGGCAUUGGGACGGAAUUCAUCACGUAAAUGUGAUGGAUACAUAUGCUCCAAUUGCUGAAACCGCACGAAAUGAGGUUUCUGGGAUUAAGAAGAUGGAGAAACAAGUCAGUUUGGAUGAGAGACCAACUGUGCGGCUUAAGUUCAAUAGUGUAAGGAAGUCUUUGCGUACGAGUAAGAAUGUAGUUGCUCAAACUAAAGGAGUUGAGAAGAUUGCAGUUUUAUUUGAGCGGGAUGAUGAGAAUGACGAAAAGAAAAGAAGGGCUGAGCAAAUUUUGAAGGAUUCAAUGGAGACACCAUUGGAUACGACUGAGUUGUAAAUUAGGUUCGUUCGUCAGACAUUGUAUACUUUUUCCUAGGAAACUAGCAGCUAGAGCUGGUCUCAAAGAGAUAUUCUUGUUUGCUGAUGAUAGUUGGACUCUUAGGGAUGGCUUUUCCACAAGUUGUGGAGGUAUGUAUGUGUUAGCUGUUCUUGUAAUCUGUUGUCCGUCUUUGAUUCUUUUCUGAUUGAAAUUCAUGUUCUUUUAUGACAAGUACUUGGAAAAUA